AUGGAGGAGAGUGUUGCCGCAGGGUCGUCGUCAAGUUGUUCGCGAUGGAACCCAACGAAAGAGCAGAUAAGCAUGUUGGAGGAGAUCUAUAACCAGGGAGUGAGGACUCCAAACCCUAAAGAAAUAAAGGAGAUUAUGGAGAGGCUCAAGGUUUAUGGUCCCAUUGAAGGGAAGAACAUCUUCUACUGGUUCCAGAAUCACAAAGCCAGGCAGCGUCAGAGGCAAAAAGAUCAUCAUCAACAACAACUACGUCUUCAACAACACCAUCAUCAUCAUCCUUAUUUCAAUCGCUUUCUCAAUUCCAUCUCUCCCCCGCUUUCUCCAACUGUGGUGCGUAGCCCAGCAUAUGGGUUGGUACAGAGUGAAAUUGGGCACUUUCCAAAUCAACACUCAAAUUUGGUGGUAAGCCCAAGGACUGAUCAAGCAUUGCCCGUGAUGAUGAUGCCACCUCAGCCCAUUAGCCCAAGGAUUGAGGAUGUUGUGCCAAUGAUGAUCCCACCUGGGCCCAUCAGCCCAAGAACAUUGGAUCUGUUUCCGCAGCACCCAACUGGCACUUUGGCAGCAGGCAGGGCAAGACAGCAAUCUAAUCAUGAACUUGCAAAUAACAACUUCAUUGACUUUUUCACUUCUCCGGGCCGGGCCCAACCUUGA